AUGAUAGAAGAAACACAGAAAGGAAAGCGCAUAGGGCCGCUGCCUGGGGGUCGCCGGGGCGCGUGUGGAGCUGGCGCUGGACGCGGCAGCAUGCGGGCCGCCAGCCGAGCGCUAGGAGCUGCACGAUCACCUAGCAGCCCCUCGCAUCCAUCAUCCCCACCAAAAGGCUUGGUGUCAGCUGGGUUUUCUCGGACUCAGCAAACGGCACCCGCCGCUGGUGGAGCAUGUCGCAUGCGUUGGACAAAAUCUAUGAACGAAAACGCAUUGCGGGCGUACUAUAGGGCGAAAGGGGAAGAUACUGUGGGAAUAGCGUGUAGGUCUCGGAUGCAUUGCUUUUUUGCUGAGCUGGAGCCUUCUAUCCCCGUCACGGAACAAAACCUGGCAGACCGAGUUCGGUACGUCAUGCGCUCGAAAAUAUUUGAUGAUGCCGAACUCGAACGACUACGACGUGAGGCUAUUCCGUCGUCGAAUGAAUCGGAUAUGGCUGGAGAUGCAGCUCCACAUUCGACAGACCAGCAUCCACAUGUGGAAGCCGCCAUGGAUCUUCCAGUUAUGGUUGAUUCGAACGACGAUGAAAUAGUCUCCCACGAACUAGAGCAAAUGAGGAGUAUAUUGGAAGAGGCGAUUUUGGAAACGCAGCACCCCUCUCAAAAAUCGACCGCGACUUCCCCGCACACCCCUAAGCAAGCGAAAUCGGGCUGUCGUGAGGGCUCUUAA